AUGGUCUCGCACAAACUGGUGGUCGUUUUUCUUCUCGCUCUCACAUUUUGCUGCCGCACCAUCUCCUCCUAUCCAAACUUCUACAAUCCAUCGCAACGCUACUUCCGAACACACUACAAUAUUCGAUGUCAAUCGCAGAAAGAUUGGUUCCUGAUUUUGGAAUUUGUUGAUCGAUAUGGUGACAAGGAUGGAUUGUUGCUUCGCAAAUGUAUUCGAAGGAAGCUCGGAGACAUUAAUGACAUCAAGAUUUAUCCGACGCACGUCAAAAUUGUUCAUAAUUGUGUUAGUGGAUAUCAAAGGAACAUGACAUUCACCGACAUUUUCCGACCCGAAUACAACUUUUUUAUUGAUAAUCGUGGACGUUAUGCUUAG